UUGCUGUUAACUAAGGUGCUUUUUCAAAAGAAAAAAGAUCUUGUUUUAAACCAGAUGUACCUUCGACAGCGUUCCAGAAGUGUAUGUACCAUCAUGGAAGUAACUAGUUUUGUUCGCCUACUUUACAUCAAGUUGAGUAAGGGGACUGACACAUAUGGACAAGUGGUAUAUUUACUUGGCUAAAACAGACAAUCUCCGAACUCGUAAUAGGAAAAAUCGGAAUAAAAUUAAGGCCUAAACUUAACCAGUUUCACUCUACGGGAGUACCUGUUCGACUACGGGAUAAAUACGAUUCUUAUUCACGUCCUUUGUUCUACACAACAGCAACUGAUGAACCCGGAAUGUCUUAACGCUUUGACCGCUAGGCCAUCCCGCUAGAACAACGUUUCAAUGAAGCAUAAUUCUUAUUUUUCUUACAUCCUACUUGCAUUGUUUAUGUAUUUAUGGAAUUCGGUAGACGGAGAAGCUUUCAACGGAACAUGUCAAAGCCAAAAUUCAAAAACAAAGCAAGCGUACGUCAACUGGCCAUUCAGCGUCAACUGUGAUUAUUUGAAAUCUAUUUGGGAAACGAAAACACAUAAUAUUGAUGAUGAUAAUAUUCAAUGCAUCAUUACUCAGGGACACAUUGAGAUCAACGACACAAUUCUAGAACUAGCAUCACUUACUGAUAACUCGAACUAUACUGCUAAACUGAUUAUCAAUAACACUAUUUGCUUGACAAAUAAAGUACAAGUUGUUCUUCGACCUUUCCCGGAAAUAUGCAAGGUAGGGGUAAAUAACGCCAUCUCCCGUGAAUCUACAAUUGGGGAUAGCGUGAAUUUGAAUUGCAGACCUCCAGAAGGCGAUCCAGAUAUAAUUCCAGCAGGAGCAGAUCAAUCUAAGUUCAAAACUAGAUGGUACGUUAAUUGUAAAGAUGGAGAUUAUAGAACUAGUCAGCCAUGGACUGAAUUUCCGGACCCUGGAUACCCGAAUGGAUUGAAUAUGCCACGAGUUGAUUUCUACGAUGCCGCAAACUUUACAUGUACAGUAACAUACGAAGGAAAAAUAUUUUAUGCUGUUACAUACGCACAAUGUAUAAAACAGCGCACUGAGUCCAUCAAUCCUACAAUCACCUGUGUCAAUUAUGAAACUAAAGCACUCGGUGAUACUGCUGUACUUGAUUGCGAAGGACAGAUAGUAUUGGGAAACACUCCGUCAAAACAUUUUGCAGUCCUAUGGCAAAGGAACGGUGAUACAAUUUGCGAAAAUAAUUUUUUCAACCAGACAAGUUUUGGAGUCUUUGACCAAAGACAAUCAUGCAUCGUGGAAGGCAACAAUGACUCUGUUGUUUGUGUCGUUGACGGUCAAAAUACGAAGAAUGAAGAAAUACAACACGAAAGAAAGACAAUCGGUAUAAAACUCUAUAUUCGAGACCUGAAAAGCAACGAUAUGGGCCAAUAUACUGUCAACUUGGGUUAUUUCGAUAUAUCAUCUAACUCGUGGAAGAUGGAUGAGUGGGUUGUCAAACUAAAUGAAGACAAUACGCCACGACUACUUCGACUCAUCAUGAUUCUUAGUAUAUGCCUGGGUGUGCUGAUAUUCAUUAUAAUGCUGGUCCUGCUUUAUAAAAGAUUUGAGAUCUACAUUCUUGUUGCGUACAAGAGAUCAUGGCUAUGGAAAUAUGAUAGAGACGACAAGCAAUAUGUCUGCUAUCUUUCAUAUCUAUAUGAUACUGACACACUUUCUGAUGAAAGUCUCAAAUCCAUCGUCGUAUACGCUAUUCACAACCUGUUGGAAGAUUUGAAUUAUACAUACUAUGAUGAACAAAGACAGAUUGAUUUUACAGUUCAAGUUGAAAGAAUCACAAACCUUGUAGAAAGAUGUCACCGAAUGGUUUUUGUCUUGACUCCUGAAUAUCUAAAUGAUCGCUGGAUGAGAUUUCACGCGGAAUUGGGUUUUCAUGGACUUCUCGAGUCUCAAAUGGGCCUGAUAUUUAUUCUCACUCCGGGAACGAAGAGAGUGCUGAAGAAAAUAGCAAGGACUGACAAAGUUUGGCAAAGGCUUUUGAUUGCUAUCAAGACAAACCAUGUUAUAAAAUGGAGAGAAGGAAUGAACGAAGAUCAGUUGAAGAGAAACAUCGAAUACAGACUUCCAAAACUUGCUCGAAGAAUUAAAAAAUUACCUGGUUCGGAUUCGAGCUCGACUGAUGGUUGUAAUCCAGAUUAUACUAGAUCUGUGAGCCAAACCACAACUCAUACAACGGUGUCGGAUGAUGGGGCUGCAGAGGGUGACUUAAGACUGUGAUGUGAUUCUGAACAUUCCAUGUGAAUUGCAAACAUAUAUUUUUAUUUACAAUCUUCUAGCAAACUUGUAUGAAAGGGAGGGUUGGGCAUUUUCGAAUACUUGAUGAUUUCAGAUAAGAAUCGAAUCUCAAAUACCCAAAGAAUGUUUGAAUUAAUACAAAGACGUUAUUAUAUGUCCUUCUUGUAAUGGGUUUAUACAGAAACAAAAUAGCACUGAGAACAUAGUAUCUAUCAUUCAGUCUGUUCGCUGAGUUUUCACACAACCAUGCGGGACUCACUUUGAAAAUACAAAGAGCGCUGAUAGCUAUGAAAGAAUUGGACAUAGCAGCGAUUGAAACCUACCGACGGGAGAUUCACCUCAACCUUUGUUGAACAAAAAUUAAACAAGAUGGCGGAAUUUGAAUUUCGUCUGAGAUGACUCUAAUAAUUCAUUAUUCAAUUCGAAAUCACCAGCCCUAAUACAAUGCAGACUGAACAAAGAUUUUUAUAUGUUGACAUUACAUAACAUGGUUGAAAUUUGUUUAUUAUAUGAGACUGAGUAUUAUCUUUAUUAUUAUUUUAAUUGAGAGUAAAAAAGCUUGGAAAAAGUUUUAUUUCCGUAAAACAUUUUCUGUACACCAUCCUAAUCUGUGAAGUAUUUUUCAAUUUAAUUUCUCUCGCACGGUUUCAAAGACUUGAUAUUCACCAUAACACAUUGGCAUUCCAAGGGACUUAUUUUAUUUAGGGUAUACUUUGCUAUACUGGUUAAGCCGGACUGAUAUUCAAUAAUUUCGCAUUGUUUAUUAUAAUACUGUUUUAUCCUAUUUUUUUCUUUUCUUUUUUCUAUGAGACUGGGCACUCUAAAUAAAAUACUUAAGUGCUUUGCCCCCCAAAAAGCCUUAGUUUAUUAGCUUGUAUUGCAUAGGUUCGAUCACAGGUUUGGUGAAGUAUCGCAAAUAUUAAAUCAUUGGUUACAAAGUAUACCACAAUUUGGUUCUGAAAUUACUUGUUAUCCGAAAUUUAAUCCCGUUCUGAUUAUUUGUUAUAUUUUAUGCAUUAGUUAAAAUGUGAAAGCUUAAACGUUGAUUAUCGAUUUGAAAGUUUUUUUUAUUUACUGUGUUAUUCAAUAUAUUGCAGCCGCAAAACUUUGUGCGGCAUCACUCGAUUCUAGAAGCCAUUGCAAUAGUUUUAACUCUUUUUUAUUAUAUGUUCUCUGAGGAACUACGCGAUAAAUGAUUCAUAUUUACAGGGGGUGAGAAGCCGUUUUUCAUUAUAUCAAAUGCAUAAAUAAUAAUUUUCUCAUUAUUAUGAAAGAUUUUGAUUUAAUUUGAACAAUUUAAAACUGAUUUAUACAACAAUUUUUUGGGGUCACAUCUGUAUGAAAUAUUUCUUGGAGACCUAGAUGAUAAAUAAAAUAUAUUAAAUGUUCGUUUUGAACACUAUUUCUUUCGUGUCGAAUGAAUAAAUGGUGAUAUAUUUUAUAUCGCCAAUUUGAGAAGUGUUAAAUUAGGCUGAAUGAUUGAAAAUCGAUUUAUGCAAGUUUUUUGAAGCCGCAAUUUGCAUCUGCAAAAAUUUCUUUUCAUGAUUUUUGUGUUCUUUUAUUCUAGACUUUUAAGUAAUGCAUUUUAGCUCAGCAACGUGCGUUUCAUUUUAAUUUUUGAUUAUGAAAUUGUAACCUGUGAAACAUUCUUCUGUCCAACAAUAAAUUGUAUAGAUACUGAUAUAUUUUGAACUCCAUAUUCCAUCAAAUGUGAGAUUGGUUGAAAUACUGAAAUGUUUUUCAAUCGUUGUAUAUCAAUUUAAUGCAACUACUCAUUCUUGUAAAUAUGCCUCGUUUUUUUCUCACUCUGUUUGAAAUAUAUUUGAAAUAUUUUUUGAAAUAUAUUAAAUUUUAAAA